AUGGGAAAUGGGAACGCAUCUAUAGAGUUUGUUUCCGAAAAUGGGCCAAUAGACUUCAGUGUGAUGAUGCAGGAGGGCGUUAAAGCGUUAACUAAGAUACUCUCUACUCAUCUACAAGAUAACCCAGAUCUAAUAAAUGAGAAAUCGAUGAAAGUUAUAUUCAAGGACAAUAAUGGUAAACUAGAACCGGUUUUUGCACCAAGUGAAAGCAUUUCUGAAAAAGGGCCUGGCGAUGAGCGUGAGAUUCACAAUGAGAAUGUCAGUGAUGAAAACCGUAGCGAAGAAACGGAUGAAGACUACGAGGUAAUAGAGUUUGACAAUGAGGGAAAUUACCAUGUCUGCGCUAAAGGAUCUGAAGACAGAAUAUUGAACCCAGACCGUGGGAGAAUACAGGAAAUUGGCGACUCAUCAGAAGAGGAUUCAUGCGAUGGCGAUAAGUCUAUUACAGGCGAUGGUAACCUAAAUAUUUCAAACAAUCUGCCGAGAGCCAAGUUGGAUGUACAAGUUCCAACACUACAAGCGGGGCCUAUAUCAUCUACGGAACAUGAAAUAGUAUUCGAACAUGAAAAUGGAGUUAAUACCAGAUUUUCUCCAUCCAGUGGUUUCAAAAAUGAGUUUACUGAUAAAGGGGAUCCUCAUCGUUUACAUCACAAGAGCGGCAUGCAUCAUGAUACGAAUCCAAACUCAUGUGCCUGUCAUAGAAAUAAUUCUCAUGGGUCUAAAGACGGAUAUCAAUAUCCACAACAGACACCACAUUCCGUACCCAAUUUCAAGGCUUUGCUACAGAGCACAUUGAGCAACAGGCAACUUUGCCCAUUCUGCGAGUAUUAUCUCGUGUUCGGCACCCCUCCUGCAUACAUGAUGAGGAGGGCAGCAUCAAAAUCAUCUGCAGGUCAUUUACACUACAAACAUAAUGAACAGCUUUCCGACAGUGGUUACAUUAGCCGGGAAAGCAACCACAAUACCGAUGAACUAGAAAAUUCAGAGCUCAAAACACAAACGAAGAAAAAGAAGCGAAAGUCCAAGAAAAAGGGUAAACGUUAG